CGCCCCGCCGCUCUGCCGCGCUGCGCCGGGCCGGGCGCGCCAUGGGGCCGCUGGAGCGGCUGCGGAAGGACUGGUUCAUCUUCGGGAUCGUGCUGGUCAUCGCGGUGGCGCGGCUGGAGCCCGCAGUCGGCGUCAAAGGGGGACCCUUGAAACCAGAAAUUACCAUAACUUACAUUGCUGUUUCAGCUAUAUUCUUUAACAGUGGACUCUCCUUAAAAACUGAGCUUGCAGACCGUAGGCUGUAUGCCACCUCCAGUGUCUUCUGCAGUGAUUUUGACCAAAGCUGUUGGUGGAAAUGA